GGUUUUAGUAUAGUCUAGACAGCCGCGCAAGGCGGAACCAAUUGGAUAAAGGAUCUUAAAUCGAAAUACUGGAAUCCGAAAUGGAGAAAACCAAAGUCAAGGAGCUGGAUCACGUUGGGGACUCUAUCCAUAAGAAGCGCGAUGCCGUCUGGCCGGUGGUUCUUUUCUAUAUCCAUGUAAAUAUCCUGGGUGUAUAUGGGAUAUACAUUCUACUGACUAGUGCUUCGUUGGCAACGAUUUUAUUCACCUCUCUACUCACACUCCUUGGAAUAUUGGGCGUGACGGUGGGUGUUCAUCGGCUUUGGGCCCACCAGACAUUCACCGCCUCCAAACCUCUAAAGGUUUUCCUAAUGUUUUGCCAGACGACAGCAGGCCAGGGCUCCAUCUACAGUGUGGUUCAGGCCCAUCGUCUGCACCACGCAAAAUUCCUGCAGGACGAGGAUCCCUACUACAGUAAACACAGUUUCAUGUACGCCCAGGUGAGAGGUUGCUUACUAAAGUACUCGCCCCAGCAAGAGGAACUGCUCAAGGAUGUGGACAUGUCAGACCUGGAAAGUGAUCCCAUUGUCAUGUUUCAAAAGCGAUUCUAUGUCUUGCUUUACAUCUUCCUAAAUGUGCUGCUUUCGGUUAACACCCCAUUCCAGUAUUUUGGGGACUCGUUGGCCACCUCCAUGUUCGUGGGAUUCUGGCUGCGCAGUCUGAUUGUGAUUAAUCUGGGAAACCUGGUGAAUUCAUCGCACUUUAUUUGGAGCAUCCACAAGGGCUUUAAGCCCACGGACUCGAACAGUAUAUUUCUGAUCACAAAGAGCUACUGGCCGCAGUAUCACUAUUUGUUGCCCAGGGACUAUCAGAGUGGCGAAUUCGGGGACUAUGCCUCCGGUAUUGGAUCGGCCAUGAUUCGUGUAUUUGCCGCCCUCGAUUGGGCCAAGGAUCUGAAAACCAUUGGAUCCGUGGCCGUGCGCCAGGGACUCACCAAGGCGGUGGAAACUGGUCGUCCGAUUGUCGAGUGCAUCGAGGAACAGGUGGAGUUGGAGGAAAACGCCCUGCCCGCCAACCAUUUCCUCAACCGGGAGAAGUUUAUGUGAGCAUAUUGCAUCAUCGGGUCACUAAAGAGAAGCGACAAAUGGCCGCGGCAGUCGUAAAAAUAAAUUAACCGCCACACAAAAAAGGAGGCGGGGUAGAGUAAA